GGCUGAACCUGACAAUAGCAUUGGAGAUGUUCCAAAGCGAGACAGUUGAAGGUGUUAUCCGUCUCAAAAGAAACCUAUAUGAAAGUCUCGAGAAAUUGCUUAUUGCUCAGUUUUCGUCCCAUUCGUCUUCUUACUUCUUCUUCUUGAGCCUCAACAUUCUUGACACUCUCUCUACCGAAACACUAGAGUCCCCAUAAUAAAUCCUAAAAUUCUCGUUUCUUUAAGGCCAUGGAGAUGAUGGUGAAGAAAUACCUACAAAAGUACAAAAAGGUUAGAGAGGAAAUGGACAAAUGGGACCAGCUUCAAUCUCGUUUGCUUACACAGUUCAGAAAUGCGUCCGCAAUCAUAGAGAGAUUGCAGGUGCUUGAGGAUAACAAAUAUUACUGUGGUUCAUUAAGGUCUAUCAAUGGUCUCAAGGAAACACUCUAUGGGAAGCAAAGAAUCAGUUUAGAAACCAUUCUUCGCUCCAUGGAUGAAACAAUGGGAGAAUUUUGUUCUAUUGUGGUGUCAUUGAACAAGAUUGUCCGAGAUAGUAAAGAGUUGGUGAAAGGAGGAUCUGUGAAACUGUCUAAGAAUCUAAGGCAGACCCAAAUUGGGAUUACACCAAGUAUUGCAUAUUGUUUGGAGGGUCUUGAAGUUCUUCACGAGAUGCACCACUCUGAGUACCUUUUAAAACUAUCAGUAAUAUCAGCGAUUCCUUCACUUAUGUUGAAGAAGGCAUCUUGUGCGGGAGAUUUGGCUGGACUCCGACAACUCUUAGUUGAUCAACCUAAUAUACCAAAAGGAGAAGUCCAACAGAUUUUCGACAUUAUAUUUGCAGAUCAAAUCGAGUGAAUUCAGUAAUAUAACAAUUAAACAGAAGCACGUUAAGGGAACUGUCGGUUUCACAAGUGAAGACCCAUUUUGUGAUCCUUUUCUCCUGAAUGAAUGACCGACUGUACAUUGUUCAAUACCUUACGCCUAGUUUUUAUUAACAAUAGCAAAAAACAUACUACAAAUUGUCUUCUAGUAUGUUUUUUUUUGUAAUUACAGCCGUACUAAAGAUGGGAGGCUGAUUUUUGAGGUGGAAAAAUUUGUUAUGUCUCUAGUAUCUUCAGAAUAAUAUUCAAGCUGAAACAGCCAAACUUCCACCCA